GACACCUCGGCUUCGCCCACGCUCUCUCAGCCUCUGGUGUUCAACAACUCCAAGCAGCAUCCAGUCUCGCAGCCGUCUCCUCCGACCACAUUCCCACAGCACAACAUGGUCAGCAUGCUGAGUAAGAACUUCGGGGAUGUCGGUGAGCCCAAGGGUGGCAGCACUGCAGGAUCGCAGUUGCUGGAGCAGCUGAAGACAGCUCAAGCGCUGGCCCAGUUAGCUGCCCAGCACACUCAACCCACCAAUAACGCUGCCUCCUCCUGGGACAUGGGCCCCACGUCGCAGCCGUCAGCACUCAGCCAUUUUGAGUUGAAAAGCCAAACAGAAUCUUCAGUCCACAGCGCCUUUGGUCAGAGGCAGUCCUACUCCAACUCCAGUAUGAUGGAAGUCUUCAUCCCCAGCAAGCAGCCGACGGCAGCACCAAAUUCCCCACUGCAGAGCAAAGCCGGCACUACCCAGGCAUCUCCCGGAUCCUCGGAGAACCAGUCCUCUAGCCCCCAGCCUGCACAGCAGAAACUGAAGGCACAGAAGAAAAAGGCUUCUAUUGCUUCAAAGAUCCCAUCUUCUGCUGUGGAGAUGCCUGCCUCAGCAGACAUUGCGGGGUUAAACCUGCAGUUUGGGGCCCUGCAGUUUGGCUCUGAGCCCAUGCUAUCAGAGUAUGAAGCUACCCCAACGCCCAGUGUGCCAGUGAGCCAGCCCCAGAGCAGCCCCUACACCAGUGCUGUAAGUGAGUCGUCCUCAUCGACAAUCCCUUCUAAUCAGAGCCAAGAAUCGGGAUACCAACCCAGCACAAUCACCACCUCGGCAUUCACAACCCAGAACAGUGCCCCCGGGCCACAGUACGAGCAGAGCUCCAACCAGCGGGCAGCGUACUCGAAUUCCCUCUCCUCCUCUCCUCAGAAGGACCUGACACAAGCCAAGAAUGGCUUCAGUACGAUACAGACGUCACAGUCCAUCGAAGCUGCAGCUGGUUCUGCAGUGAAGUCUGACUCGCCUGCAGUCCCCAGCAUGGCUUCACUCUCGAAUGCAGUAUCUGCAUCGUCACUACUAACAUCAAACAGCCAGCACCCUGCAGGGCUGGCCAGCCUUAGCCACACCGAGGAGCUACCAAGCACGACUACCCCACAGCAGAGCAGCACCGCAUCAACCCAACAGAGCAGCAAUCUCUCCUCUUCCUCAGGGCGCUCUUCAACUUCAACCCACUUGCACACAAGUGUGGAAAGUGAAGCGUGCCUCCACUCGUCCCCCAGCACUUUCGCCACAGCAGCCAGCACAGUGUCGGUGGCUCCAUCAUCCAGCGUCUCCAACACCCUGGGGAGUGUGAGCAGCCUGAAUCUGAGUUUGGUCAGCAACUCCACUGUGACAGCUGCCUCCCGCAGCUCUCUAGCAACAACGUCAGGGAAGGCCCCUCCCAAUCUUCCCCCAGGGGUUCCACCGUUGCUGCCUAACCCAUACAUUGUGGCACCAGGACUGCUUCCCGCAUACCAGGUGUAUGGCUAUGACGAUCUGCAAAUGCUUCAGACGAGGUUUCCUCUGGACUAUUACGGGAUUCCGUUUGCCGCUCCCACCACCCCGAUCACUGGAAGGGAAGCCAGCCUGACAAAUAACCCAUACUCUGGGGACCUGACGAAGUUUGGCCGAGGAGACGCCUCCUCCCCUGCCCCAGCCACUACGCUGGCGCAGCCUCAGCAGAACCAGACACAGAGCCACCACACCACGCAGCAGACCUUCCUGAACCCGGCCUUGCCACCUGGCUACAGCUACACCAGCCUGCCGUACUAUGCCGGCGUGCCUGGCCUCCCCAACACCUUCCAGUACGGACCCGCCAUGUUCGCUGUGCCUCCCACGUCGUCGAAGCAGCAUGGUGUGAACGUGAAUGCCCCAGCCACUGCGUUUCAACAGGCGAGCGGCUACGGAACCCAUGGCUACAGCACGGCUGGCGUGUCAGUGACUUCCAGCAACACGGGUGUCCCAGACAUCUCAGGAUCUGUGUACAGUAAGACCCAGCAGUCUUUUGAGAAGCAGGGCUUUCACACUGGAACUCCGGCUGCCUCCUUCAACCUGCCAUCGGCACUGGGCAGUGCGGGCCCUGUGAACCCUGCCACCGCUGCCGGCUACCCUCCUCCAUUCAUGCACAUCCUGGCGCCGCACCAGCAGCAGAUGCACUCGCAGAUCCUGCAUCUCCAACAGGACGGCCAGAGUGGAACAGGCCAGCGUACUCAAACCAGCAGCAUCCAACAGAAAUCGCAGGGGAAUAAGUCUGCUUACAACAGCUCAGGCUACUGGGGUCCCAACUGAGCAGAGCGGGGGGCGAAGGGGGUCGCGACCUCCAACCCCUACCCGAACCCUGGCCGAAUGGGGCCCCCUCUCCCUCCCCAUCCAACCCUCCCUCACUUCCACAACAACACACACGCAGCCCCACCGCCACCAACGUACAUACCCCUGCUUCAAAAAGGAAAGGAACCGAAACACACAGGUUUUGAGUUAGGAGUGUGACCCGUCUGAUCUCUAUUCCGUACCCAUCCGUAACUCCCCCCACCC